ACGCAAACGGCCACGUGGGUUUUGGCCGGCUUGUCUCAUUUGCGUGCUUAGCAGUCUUUGCGUCCUGACCGGGAAGCAGCUUGCGUUCGCGCAACAUGAGCCAAAUCUUCCACCUGGAGGUGCGGAUCAUAACACUUGGCAACGUUUGUUAGCAGUGGAGGAGCAAAAACAUCUUCUUCACGAGGAUAAUUCAAAAAAAACUACCCUCGUAGAAGGAGUCUUCCAAAAUACUUUCCAACGUUUGCUAGGAGUAGGCGAUCAAGUAAACCCAGAUCCCUACACUUGGCAACGCUUCGUGGGAGUAGAAGACCAAGGCACAGAUCGGGACGAUAUUAUCGUAUCGACCUUGCAACGCUUCUUAGGAACAGGAGAACAAGUACAAGACCCAGGAAUCAAGACUGCAUCAGCACUUGUGACAAGAACACAGCGGAACCCGAUCGCACUUCUCAAUAUUGCGAUCGGCGUGGCGUUGCAGUGCGUGACGAUUGUACUGAUUUCGGUUACAAGAGUGGCCAUGAAGCAGACUUAUGAUUUCUUGCGGAAAUCGAUCAUCUGCUCGAGAAGUAUCUUCACUUUAUUUGAUGAAGAUUCAGGUUCUACUAAAGGGGAAAGGAAGGGCUUUGGCUUUCGGAUGUUUUUUGUUUAGAACAUCGGUUUUCAGGGAAGUAGGUCUAACAGACACAGGCAGUCGGACUGACCUCUCGCGAGUUGGCAGCUUACUCGUACUGUGUGAAUUCAGUUCUGCUUCUCUUGAUCACCUAUGUGUACGAGGGCUACACCUUGAGCGGAUGGCGAGACCAGUUUUACGAUCGCUUGACGUGGAAAUCUUUGGGAUUCUUACUCUUUGUCGCGAUCGUGAUCAACUACUUCGCAAAUCAGUGGCAAAUCGAGACUGUCCGAGUACUCGGCCCAACAUUGUACAGCAGUUUUCAGCCACUGCGAAUGGUGUCGUCGAUUUUCGGAAGCCAUUUCAUCCUCAAUGAACCAGUGAGUUCUUGGUUAUCAUGGCUAGGAAUCUUCGCCUUGUGCGCAACGCUGUCUUUGUUUUUCGGAUCGCAAAUACUGUUGCGCGAUGAAGACGAGGACGACCAACGCGGUAGUGCAACAAGGGAGGGCGGGCGACGUCGCAGUGAUGUCGAGCGGACGUCUGAACAAGAAACUACUGAAAGAAAAUUUUGUUUGGAAAGCAAACAAGAAGAAGAACCAGAUGAAAUAAGACCUACAGCUAGUACUACAAAGAAGACAAAAGUUGUAUUGACACCACAUGGUUUUGGGACGAUGAAAGCAGUUGUUGUAGAAGCAGUUCCUACGGUUGAAGCGCCAGAGGAUGCUACCAGUAAAGACGAAGGUUUUUCGGGAAACAAGAACGCUCCACCAACGCAUCUCAUAGGACGAAAGAUGAGACUCGCUGCAGAAUAAGAUACUUGAAUUUUCCAUUGCCUUGCCCUUGGACCCGAACAUUAAUUCUGUCCUUGAUUUUCAGAAAUAUUGAUUCAAUUUUCCUUUCAUAGACAGUAAGUGCAAGUCCUGUCCUCAAUUUUUUAUCGCACGACGUUUUCAUGGCUUGACUUAGUACGACCACCAGGACUGGACGUAAACGUUUUCUGCGGGGACUUGUUCAAGGAUGCAACGUUUUUUGUGCACAAAAAAUGUUUUGAAACGCAACCAUGUAAAAUUGAUCCGAGGACGAUCAG